AUGUUCUUAUUUGGAUGCACUUUUUGUUCACAUCCUGAUGAUGGAACUCAUUGCGCAAUAAAAGAUGUUAAUAGCGGGCAAUGUGAAUGUGAACGUGCAAAUUAUGAUUCUCUUUUCUCUGCUUUUUUGACUGUUUUUCAGAUUUUGACUUGUGAGGAUUGGAAUAUGGUUUUGUUUAAUGGAAUGUCACAUACAACUCCAUGGGCAGCUCUUUAUUUUGUUACUCUUAUGACUUUUGGUAAUUAUGUCCUCUUUAAUCUUUUGGUUGCCAUUCUUGUUGAAGGCUUUCAAGAAAGCAAGGAGGAAGAAGCUCUCAAGAGAGCAGAGGAAGAGGAGAAUGAACGAAAAAUGGAAUUGGAAAUGCUUAUUGCCAGAACUACUUUAAAUGCCUUUUUGAAAAAGAAAUGUAGUUGUGGCCAAGACAAUAUUACAGUUGUUCGAGAACAAUUAGGAAAGAAAAUUAUUGAGAAUGAACGAAGGAAGUCUCGUCAAUUCUCAAUUUCUGUUGAUAACAAGGAUCUUAUGGAUGUUCGACAACAACAGAAACGCAGAAGAGAAAGCUAUGCACCUGGCAGAAGAUUAACAUGGCAAAGACAUUCAUCUCUAUCAGUGCCAAGAGGACCUCAUCUUGAUGGUAUGCAGCAGCUGUUAAUUAAUCCAAAGAAUUUUCAUCAACCUGUUGAGCAGUCCCAAUCAGAAGGAGAAAGGCCGCGAUUGGCGAGCUGGUCUAACUCGUUCAACUCGUCCCAUUCACUCAAUGUACAUUCCUCUCUCUUUGAUCCUCAGUGUCCAUUGCAUGGACAUCGCGCAAUUCUGGAAGCGUAUACACGAGAAAAAUAUCUCAAAGCAAGUGAAGAACUACAGCAUGCUUUGGCGGAAGAGCAAGAUAGAGUCCAACAAAAAAGAAAUAUUUGGUGGAGAAGAUUAUUUAGAAAAACCUUCUUGUAUAAGAGAUCGGAUCAUUCUUUGUUUUUGUUAUCAAGGAACAAUAUUAUUAGAGAGAAUUGUUUUCGUCUGACUCAACGCAAAUGCUUAAAUUGUGUUACUCUUGCAAUGGAAAGGCCAAGUAUUCCACCUCAAAGUGCCGAACGUUUUUUUCUUUCAAUAACUGGUUAUGCCUUUACUCUUAUAUUUACCCUUGAAAUGGUUGCUAAAAUUAUUGCAAAUGGUUGCUUUUAUGGUUCAGAUGCUUAUUUCAAGGAUGGCUGGAAUAUUUUGGAUGGUUGUUUGGUGUUGAUAUCAUUGGUUAAUGUUAUUAUGGAGAUUUUCGUUAGUGGAGGUGUCAAACUUGUUGUCAUGACUUUAAUCAGCUCUUUAAAGCCAAUUGGAAAUAUAGUUCUUAUAUGUUGCACUUUCUUCAUAAUUUUUGGCAUUCUUGGUGUGCAACUAUUUAAAGGAACAAUGUUCCAUUGUGUUGGAUCUCACGUUCAAAAUGUUAGUACACGUUCUGAAUGUCUUAUUGAUCCUAACAAUCGAUGGAUAAACCAUCGCUAUAAUUUUGAUAACCUCGGCCAGGCAUUGAUGUCACUUUUUGUUCUUUCAAGCAAAGAUGGAUGGGUCUCAAUAAUGUAUCAGGGUAUUGAUGCUGUUGGAGUUGAUAUGCAACCAAUAGAGAAUUAUAAUGAAUGGAGAAUGAUUUAUUUUAUUUCUUUUCUACUUCUUGUCGGCUUCUUUGUUUUAAAUAUGUUUGUUGGUGUUGUAGUUGACAAUUUCCAUAAAUGUAAGGAAACACUCGAAGCAGAAAUGCGCGAAAAGGCACAAAAAAAGAAAAUGAAGAGACGCUUAAAACGUCAACAAUUUGCCGAAAUUGAACAUAUUAAGAAGAAAAAAGAAAAAGUCAAAUCACAUCCAUAUUGGGCAAAAUAUGGGCGAAGACGUGCAAUUAUAAAUAAUGUGGUUACAAGCAAAUAUUUUGAUUUGGCAAUAUCUGCAGUUAUUGGAUUAAAUUUGGAAGCUGCAGCAAAACUUUAUGCUCUUGGAUUUGGUCGUUUUUUCGCUGAACGUUGGAAUCAAUUAGAUAUGUUUAUUGUGCUCCUUUCUAUUGCUGGCAUUAUAUUUGAAGAAUUUGAAGCUUUAGAAUUACCUAUAAAUCCAACAAUAAUUCGUGUUAUGCGAGUUCUUCGAAUUGCUAGAGUAUUAAAAUUAUUAAAAAUGGCAAAAGGCAUAAGAUCACUUCUAGAUACUGUUGGUGAAGCAUUACCUCAAGUCGGCAAUCUUGGCUCACUUUUCUUCCUACUUUUCUUUAUAUUUGCUGCACUUGGCGUUGAACUAUUUGGACGAUUAGGAAUGGCUUUUUUAACACUUUUUCGUAUUGCGACUGGUGAUAAUUGGAAUGGGAUUAUGAAGGACGCAUUACGAGAUGAUUGUGAUCCAUCGGAUCGUUGUGAGAGAAAUUGUUGUGUGGAUCCAAUUUUAGCUCCAUGCUUUUUUGUUAUUUUUGUUCUUAUAUCACAAUUUGUUCUUGUUAAUGUAGUUGUUGCUGUUUUGAUGAAACACUUGGAAGAAAGUACAAAAAGAGAUGAUGCUGCUGAAGGCAAGACAAAAGGAUUACAAGAUUUGGAUAAGCCAUUGGAGAAAGGACUCACAAUAGAAGCUGAUUCAUCAUCACAAAAAGACGACGACGAAGAUAAAAGUGAAGAAGAAGAUCAGAACGGUGUUGAUGAUGAGGAAGAUGAUGCCGAUCCAUUAGGAAUUUCUGAAAUUGAGAGGGAUUUAAUUGAAGUUGAGGAAUGCCUAGUUCGUUCCGGACAACAAUCAGCAUCUUUAAGUCUCCCACGUCCAUCACUCACCGUAUUCGAUGUUACUUCACAUUUAAUGCCUAAAAAUGAUAAUAAAACUCUACGUAGACAACGCUCUUCACCUAGUCAAAGGAUUAUGGCUCAACAUUCAUUUAAUUCUAAUUUUGAAGGCUCAAUUCCUACAACAAGAUAUUCUUUGCGCCAAAAAAUGCCUCUUGUAUCUUCUAAAUUUAAUGAAAAUGAUGGAGAUGAAGACGAAGAAGAGGACACUUUAGCAAUUUUUGAUGAAGAGUUUGGAACAACAACAGAAAGGCAAAGUUUUGGAGCACCAAGUGAGGUAGUUUUAGCUGAAAUUGAGGAAAGAUUGGAAGAGGAUGAGUAAAAGGAAAGUGAUAUUUGGGUAG